CACCGACACACGGUCACUGUGUAUCUUGUACGCUCAUGUUGUUUUUACAGAACGUGUUGUUUGCCGCUGUGUUAUUAUUUAGUUUAUGAUAUUUUUCUAUUAUGAUUUUCGAUUUCCUUAUUGUUUAAUUUUUAGUCCUUAGUGGUUUAGUACAGUAUAGUACAUUCCUACUUCAGUUUGCGAUACACGGAGAAUCGCUCGGAUUAAGAAUUACUCAGAUUUUAUUACUUUAGAUCGCUGGUAUAUCGUAAUUAAGUUUUCAUAAUGGGAGUUGACACUGAAUUAGUAAAGACACAUGUUCGUCCUAGGUGUUUUAUGGAUGUAGCUGUUGAUAAUAUUCUUUUGGGUCGUAUUGUGUUUGAACUGUUUGACGACUUUUGUCCUCUAACUUGUGAAAAUUUCCGAGCAUUGUGUACAGGCGAAAAAGGUUUGGGUAAAACUACUGGUAAACCUUUGCAUUUCCAAGGUGUAAUAUUUCAUCGCGUUGUUAAAUCAUUCAUGGUUCAAUGUGGAGAUUUUUCAACUGGAAAUGGUACAGGUGGUGAAUCUAUAUUUGGAGGAACUUUUCCAGAUGAAAAUUUUGAUUUGAAACAUGACCAACCAUUUUUACUUUCAAUGGCUAAUCGAGGACCAGAUACAAAUGGUUCUCAAUUUUUUAUAACAACUCAACCAACUCCUCACCUAGAUGGUAUACAUGUGGUAUUUGGAAGAGUGGUUUCUGGCCAGCCGGUUGUUAUGCAGAUUGAGGAACUUGGGGUUGACAAAAAUUCACGACCACUUCAGGAUGCAAAGGUGGUGAAAUGUGGAGAGCUUAUAUUGAAGUCUAAAAUUAAACAAGAAACUGAGAAAAGUGCAUCUGAUAGUGAAACAAGUUCAGGAUCAGACGAUGACAAAAAAAGAAAACGAAAGAAAAAGAAGAAGGAAAAAGAAUCAAAAAGAAAAACAGAAAAGAAAUCGGACCGUUUAAAGGAAGAAAAUGAUGAUGCUGAUGCAGAUGGUCAGCUACAUCCACUUGUAUCUGUUUCUAAUAUUGACCCUGAAGAAAUUCCAGCUGGACCCCCUAAUAGAUUUUUGUCUCGAGGCGGUCCUUCAUCUAUGUUUCUUAUGAAACCACAAAAAGAUAAUGAUGACAGACCAAAGAAAAGAAACAGAAUUCGUGGUGUUACAAAAUCUGGCCGUAUUGUUAAAGGUCGCGGAACUCUCAGAUUUCGAACUCCAUCUCGUAGUAGGUCUAGAAGUUACACUCCGCCUCAUUGGAGACAAGAACAAAAAAAAAUGAUAACAUUCAAUGAAUUUGAAAAAUUAGAGAUUGAACGUAAAGAAAAAGAAGAAGAAAUUAAAAGACGUGAAGAAGCCAGGAAAAAGAGGCACGAAGAAAGAGAGAAACGUGAGAAAAGUAAAAACGGACAAACACCUCCUGGAUCUCCACCUAAGGGUUCUGACAAACAAAGUGAUAAAAUUGAAAUUGACAUGAUGGCUAAUAUUGAAGAUGUAUUUCAAAUUAUACGUGAUCGCAAUAUAAAAAAUGGUUCAGAUAAUCGUGAUCAUAAAAAAGCAGACCAACGUUUAAGUGAUAUUAAAAAAAAAAGCAAAGGAGAUAAUAGAGAAAAAUUUCAAAAAAUGGAAAAGAAGUUUGAUAGACGUUCUAGGAGCCGUUCACCAAAACGUCGUUUUGAUGACAAUUUUCGCCGAGAUCGGGUGCAAAGAGAUGGAAAUAGAUAUCGCAAAGAUGAUAGGUACAACAAUAAAUCAACACAAGAAAGACAAAGGAAUCGUUCUAGGGAUAGAGAACAUUUUGACAAGAAAAAGAAACACCAUCGCAGAUCAAGCUCUAGUUCUUCGGAAGAUCGUAAAAGUAAAAAAAAAGUUAAGAAUGAAAAUAGUUUUAGUUUAUCACCUGAAGUUAAAGAUUAAAUUAUAAAUAUUUUUUGCUAUUUUAUAAAAAAAAAUAAACUAGCUAAUUGAACUUAA